AUGUCGGAAUACACUGUUCGAAACGUUGGUGAUGUAAACACUUUGGAACACAGAUUAUAUAUCGAAAGGGCCGGCACUGUAAUUUCUCCUUUUCAUGAUAUCCCAUUGUUUGCAAAUGAAAGUAAAACCGUCCUGAAUUUUAUUGUUGAAAUUCCAAGGUGGACAAAUGCUAAAAUGGAGAUUUGCAAGGAAGAAAACCUUAAUCCAAUAAAACAAGAUGUGAAAAAGGGUAAGCUUCGCUAUGUCCGUAAUUGUUUCCCACAUCACGGUUAUAUUUGGAAUUAUGGAGCUUUCCCUCAGACUUGGGAGGAUCCCACGCAAACCCACGCUGAAACCAAGGCUAGAGGUGAUAAUGAUCCGCUCGAUGUUUGCGAAAUCGGAGAACAUGUAGGGUAUACCGGACAAAUAAAACAAGUCAAGGUCCUAGGUGAGACUGACUGGAAAGUUAUCGUCAUUGAUAUCAAUGAUCCUUUGGCGAACAAGUUGAAUGACAUCGAAGAUGUUGAAAAUCAUUUACCUGGUCUCAUUCGAGCAACAAACGAAUGGUUCCGUAUUUAUAAAAUCCCAGAUGGUAAACCCGAAAACUCAUUUGCGUUUAGCGGAGAAGCCAAAAAUAAGAAAUAUGCUACCGAAAUUAUUCAUGAAACUCAUGAAGCUUGGAAGCGUCUAAUCAGCGGACAAAUUCCUGAACAGACUGACAAAUAUUAUAUUAACACUACUAAUCUGACGAAUGACGGUAGUCCUCAUCAAAUUACUACCGAUGAUCCCAUUUACCAAUCCAUUCCCCCAAGUACCCCAGUUAAAUAUGCACCAAUUGAUCCAUCAAUUGACAAAUGGUUUUUCAUCUCUGGUACCUCCAGUCUAUAA